AUGCUGGGCAAUAUCUUGCCCAAUGCAAAAACCUUUGCGCGUGUACCCGGGAAACCACCAUCUACAGGUGUGAGGGACGUGUCUGGUCAGAGUGAUGGCGACUCGCUACCUGGUUAUGCACCACGGCGACACAUGUGGUCCCCCGUGAUACUACGCUCCGUGUCUCUGGCCGUGUUCGGUGUGCUAUUCAUAUGUUUCAUUAUUGUUAUUGAGGUGCUCUAUUCGGUAUCGACACAGAAAAAAGGCCUGAGCACAAGUGAGGAAAGGUAUCACUAUCUGUGGACGUAUGGCCCGACAGCGGUUUUUACUAUUGUCGCCGGGUUUUGGGGCCAGGUCGAGUAUCGGACGAAACAGCUUAUGCCUUGGAAGUUCAUGAUUCAAGAGCCCAAACCCGCUACACGCUCUUUGCUACUGGAUUACGUGUCUGACUGGAACGUGGUCAUCCUUUUUCGCGCUCUGAAGCAAUCCUCUUGGGCUGUUGUCCUUGCAGUUCUGGGAACACUGCUCAUAAAGCUAAUUACUGUGGUCUCGACUGGUCUGUUCAUGCUGCAAAAUGUUUACAUGAAGGAUGUUCCAACCACUCUAAUGACUCAAGCGAGCUUUGACGCUGCUGGGUUUAAUGGCUCCAAGGUUGAUGGAACGGCUGCAAUGGUUGUAGCUGGAGCUUGGUGGCUGAACCUGCCAUAUCCGUUAGGAUCGACCGAUAGAUAUGCCUUCCAACCGUUCACAACCUCCGACAAGAAACUAGGCACAGUCGCAAAUUGGACUUCCGGUUGCAGCACGCAAAUGUGCGAAUACGAUGAGCUCAACAUGACUCUUAGUACUCCUUCGUGUUCGAAGUACCCGUUCACAAGCUUUCAGAGGAGCUCCUCUUCGGUGGGGGGAUACUAUGCGGACGUUUUCACCGCCACAUGUACGGAUACAGAUACGGCUAAUGGUCUCAAUGACACACGCCUGAUUUUUGCUGCCGCCCACUGGUCUGACAAUAGCACCAAGAUUCAAGCGCUCGUUUGCAGUCCUACCUUCAGAAUAUCGCAAGGAUCCGUCUCGCUACUCUACGGCAAUCAGAGUGUGACUAGCAUCCAAUCCUACACUAACAUCUCUGGCAAUAGUACAAUUCCGGGGUUUGAGGGUAUCGAGCUAGGGACAGGACUUGUUUCUUCCCUUUCGUUGGCUGAGGACACCUUGGAUACUCUUAACUAUGUGGAUACGACAACCCAUUCCCUUACAACCUAUCAAUACAAUCUGUCGAACCCGAACAGCACCUAUCCCAGUGCAUUCUACCUAGUCGCCAAUCUAACCUCUCCUCACACAAUGCCUGACUUGCUGAACGCAUCAAUCUUGGAAAGGGUUUCCCGUCCGACAUUCAAUGCCAUGGCUGCCCAAAUAGCACGGCAGUACUUACUGUCCUCUGCAGACGGUAAUUUCGCAGGGACAUACUCAGCCCAUACUCAGAGAGUGGUUGUUAGGGAGCUCUCCGUCCGAAUAAUGGAAGCUACCCUAGCAGUCCUCAUUAUUCUGACUGCAGCGCUGUGGAUUUGUAGGCCAAAUCGCUGCACGUCGCGUGAUCCCGGCACAAUUGCUGGGCUAGCAAGCAUACUGAGCCGCAGCCCCAAAGUGUCUGAGCGGCUCACAGGCUGCAAAAACGCUCAAGACCUCGCCACCAACCUAGCAGAUGGGAGGUUUUACACCCGCGUGACAGACAACGACGGUUGGAGAACGUUUGGCAUCGAGGAAGACCAGAAGGCAACCGAAGCGUCUCGUCCUGGAGCCAGCUCUGCUGGCCCUCUGAUCUGGUGGCGGCCAAUUUCAGUAACAGUAUGGUGGUGGAUCAUCUCUAUAGUGCUCCCCGUUCUCAUUAUUGCUGGGUUAGAGGCAUCCUAUCAGGUAUCCGCCCGUCAAGAUGGACUCGGAACUGUUACCUCAGGCGGCUACAUCCACUACGUCUGGGCCUAUUUGCCGGCACUGAUAUUCCUCAUCGUUCGCAUAUUCUUUGACUGCAUCCAUUUCUCCGCUAUGGUGUUCCAGCCAUAUCUGGAGCUCCGACAGGGUGGCGUGACAGCACCGGGCAGCCUUAUGGAAAACCACCUGUCCAAGCUAACCUUGUUCUCAUUCUUGACCGCAAUCAAGCGGAAACAGUGGGCUGUGUGCGCAACUGGAUUUACGGUUCUUCUAGCCCCUGCGCUCACUGUGGCAGUCAGUGGGUUGUAUUCAACACAGGACAUUAUGUACACACGCUCUGCUUCCAUAGCGCGAACCGACACCUUCAACACCACCAUCAGCCCUCUUUCCUCCACCACCAGCGACCCUGGCCUCGGCCUCACAGGAGCCCUUGUGGUGGGAGCCAAUCUAUCGUACCCAGCUUGGACGUAUGACGAGCUAGUCCUCCCUACCCUCAAUGAGGCGUCCCUCACCGAUAAGGACGGGACGGUCCAAACCAAUUCCUCCUCGUUCAACAGCACGUCCGACAGUCUGGUUCUCCUCAACUUAACCCUCCCUGCCCUCCGCGCCAACCUCACCUGCGAAGCGCUCCCCCAAGACAUUGUUUAUUACAUCAAACCCGCUUGGUAUUCCUUUCCCAUGUUCGACCUCCGCAUGCAGCUUGACAAGAAAUGUCAGGGUGAAGACACCUCCACUGACUUCACCAUCACAACCGACUAUCCCAAUGCAACGCGCACUACAUUCGGUGCCUUCAAAUACCUCAAAGAUGAAAUAGAUUUCGGUGACUGCCCAGCGCUAAUGGGAUUCUACGGUGUAAUUGAUGGCAAUUCCACAGCCCAGAUCCGCGGAUUUACCUGCAACCCGCAAAUCGACGAAGUCAAUGCAACAACCUCGUUGUCACUCCCCGGUCUAGAUAUCCAGUCUGCGACCGCGGAUGACUCAACAAGCCGACUUUUCACAACAAACAUUUCCACCACCCUCAAAUUCGACAGUUUCCUUUCCCAGCCCGUGAAUAAGCAAGACCAAGCCUUUGACGCCUUUUUCUCCGCCAUGCUCAAUGACCAGAAAACCCUUUCCUUAUCUGAUAUUACCGACCCUUCCCAUUACGCCACUGUCAUCAACGCAACACAACAUCUCUACCGCACGUUGAUGGCCCAGUCAAUGAACGGUAACGCACGAAUCACCUCUAAUGACAGCCAAACAUCCUUCCCCGCCACGAUCGUAGACCCGAAUCGUACCCGUCUCACGCAGAGCGCCAUAUCCACCCGCAUCCUCGAGGCUUUCCUUGCAGCCAUGAUUGUCUCCACCCUAGUUGCAUCGUAUUUUAUGCAAACGAAAGAAGUUCUCCCUUUCAACCCGUGCAGUAUUGCUGGCGCCGGGGCGCUGGUCGCGGGCUCAGACAUACUGAAGAGUGAUACAUUACCUGUGGGGUCAGAAUGGUGCAAUGAUAAGGAAAUGCUGAAGAGGGGAUAUUUCUCUGGCCUGGUGUUUGGGUUGGGAUGGUGGGCUGGGGAUGACCCAAGAUUUGGGAUUGAUGUGGGGAGGGCGACAGAGGAGAGGGAGUAG